CUCUCCUCGCAGCCUCGCCAAACAGCGGGUAAACAAAACCCAUUUCAAGUCCACGGGUUCUUGUAUGUGCAUUAAUUUUGCAUCGUUCUCUGAACAAUAAAUGAUUAUGCAGUGAUGGCAAGAACAAAACUUUUGCAAAAUGGUUAAGUGAAGAUUGCAGCAAAAUCAAGACAAUGCACUAGAUACACCAAAAAUGUAGUUGCAAGGAUAUAGACUGGAGGAAAGCUUUUCCUCAUAUCCCAAAACUUACCUCCCAAUACUCCCUAUCUCAAACAAGUAAAGAUAAAACAGUAAGCAUCACACUGCAUCACAAUACUCCAAAAUGCCCAACAGGAAUAGUGAAACUCGGGAGAAGAUCAUGUCAUCCCCAGUUUUUAGAAGUCAAAGGCUGUCAAGAAAAGCAGUUUUUCACAAUGCACUGAUAAGUAAGAAUGACACCUUUCUUUCCACAAGCCCCAAAAAUAUACAGCAGAAAUCCCCUCGGAGUCCCUUGUCGUCACCUGUCCUUAGGAGCCAAAGAAAAAUCAGGUGUGGGGUUGGUGUAGGAACUGAUGAGAACACACCCUCCAGGAAGAGGCCAAGGGGACAUGAUGAAAGGCACACUACCAAGAUGUUAGGUACACCAAAAAGCACAACUCCAAGAUCAAGAAAGUCUGUAGAAAUUGACAGCCCUUCAACUGUAUUCAUGAAUCAUGAGGAUUCCUUCUUAGAAAGUGUCAAUUUUGAUGAAUUGGACUCUUUGUGCUCAUCAUUAGAGUUAACUCCACUUGGAAAGACAAAGGCUUUAAAUAACAACAGAACUCCUUUGUCUAACAGUGGUAUAAAUUCAAGCCCAUAUCUAUUACGCAAAACUCCACGAAGAAUUAACCUUCAGAUCACAAAUGAACACAUUCAGCCACCAAGAAGGAUAUGCAACAAUCAAAAUGCUAUCACUAAAGCUAGAAAACAAAUGUCUGAUGACUUAUGUAAAGAGAAGGUAAUUGCUAAUAAGUGUAUUGUUAAAACUAGUGAUCCAAAGAAAUUGACAGUGUAUGAGAGAAGUGUAAUUCCAGAAAGCAGUUGUAGUACUAAUAGUAGCCAUCAACAUAUUAUGUCCAGUAUUAGUUGUAGUGACCAGACAAAUAAUGGUAUCACAAAAGCCAGUUCCAAGAAGACUUCUGGGAGAAGUUCACCAGAUAUUUUUGGGGAAGAACAGUCAGAUUCUCAGUUUGACGAUAUGUUUGGUCUCACAGACACCCAAAUGUCAUGUCUGGAUGAAGCAUAUUUUGAUGGGAGCAGUAAUCCUUCACAUGAUGGCCAAGAUUUCAUUAAGCCUGAUGCGAAGGUUAUAGUGAAAUCCACUUCUAGUCAUGAAGCAGCUAAUAUUAAGAAUAAUACUGCACAAGAGAUUUCACCCUUAACCUCUAAUGGACAAGCACCACACAAUAAGUCCGGAGAUUCAUUUGGUUCUCCGGACUCUCAGCUUAGUUUUAUCAGCACACAAGGAUCUCAGCCACUUCUGGAUCGUUUCCAGAACAGGUUUAAGGAUGCAGUGACUUCAAAUCAGACUGAUGCACCCAUUAAGACUACUACAGAGCGUCGAGCAGAAGUCGUUGCUGCAGCCAUGGAAGCUGUAGAAACGAAUUUAAAUGAUGACUUUGAACUUGGUCCAUUCUUUGGACUGCCCUCCAAGGUGCUGGAUGUGUUCAGUGCCCAUCGUGGCAUUUCAAAGCUCUAUGAUUGGCAGGAGGAGUGCAUUAUUAAAGGCUCAGGUUCGGAAAACCUCAUCUUUUCUCUCCCAACAAGUGGUGGGAAGACCCUGGUGGCAGAAGUGCUGAUGCUGCGGCAGUUGCUACUCAAAAAACAAAAUGCACUUCUAAUUCUUCCCUAUGUGGCUCUUGUCCAAGAAAAAGUACGUGGUCUGGCACCUUUUGGAGUGGAGCUAGAGUUUCUUAUUGAAGAAUAUGCUGGAAGCCGUGGAUCAUUCCCUCCUAAGGCUAAGCGAAAGAAGAGUGUGUUGUAUAUAGCCACAAUAGAGAAGGCUUCUGGACUUGUGAAUGCGCUGCUAGAAACCGACCGCAUGCAAGAGUUGGGUCUAGUGGUAGUGGAUGAGGUCCACAUGCUAGCUGAGCCUGGAGGCCGUGGUGCCCUGUUGGAAUCUAUCAUUACCAAGUUGCGCUAUGCUGCCCGAAAGGUACAGCUGGUUGCGAUGAGUGCCACAGUUGGUAACCUGAACGAGUUAGCAAGCUUUUUAGGAGCACAGUUAUACACAGGAAACUUUAGGCCUGUGGAGCUUGCAGAGUAUGUGAAGGUAAUUUUACAUUUUAUAUGUCAUAUCAGUAUGGCUAGUUGUUCUGUAACAAUUUAUCAUACCGCUGCUCGUAUUGAAGAAGAUCUGUUGAAGAAUAAGAGACUAAGUUGUUUUCCUUACUCUCAAGAGCAAAAGAAAAUUGACAUUGAUAUGGUGGGUGGUUUAGUGGGCGAAGUAGUGCCUGAACAUUCGUGCCUUGUCUUCUGCCCUACAAAGCGCAACUGUGAAACUUUGGCAGAACUCAUUUGUCGAAUUCUGCCCAAGGAAUUGACUAAGGUACGAGUGACUGAUAAACGGGCUCUCUACCGUGCACUCUGUGAAGAGGGGUCUGGGGUUGUGUGCCCUGUUUUGAGGAGGACCAUCCCAUUUGGUGUUGCAUAUCAUCACUCUGGGUUGACAGAAGGAGAGCGACGACUCCUGGAAGAAGGUUACCUUGCUGGAACUUUGUGUUGCCUUUGCUGCACUUCCACUCUUGCUGCUGGUGUCAACCUUCCGGCUAGAAGAGUAAUUAUCCGGUCACCUUACACUGGGAGUGCCUUUCUCACGCGUGCAAGGUACAAGCAGAUGGUAGGACGGGCAGGGCGUGCAGGCCUUGACACAUGUGGGGAGAGCUUCCUCAUUCUCCAGCCAAAAGACACAAAAGAAGCUGGUCUACUUUUGCUGUCUCCAAUUGAAGUCUGCACAUCCACACUGGCAGAUCAAGAAUGGCAUGGCCUAACCGGGCUGGUGUUCACUUCCUUGGGCUUGGGAGUAGCUGUAACACUUCCGCAGUUGAAAGCUCUGGCUCGACUCUCACUUCUCGCCCUUCAAGCCAAUAGGCUGAACAUAGAUGUGGAGCCGCAGGUGGAUAAGAUUGUGGAGGACCUGAGAGCUCAAGGUCUUGUUCGUAUUAAAGUUGAUGUCCUAGAACAAAAGUCAUCUAAAGGAGCUGCAGCUAAAAGUUCAGGAAGCAAAGGUAGCCAGAGUGAACAGACCCAGAAUUCUACAUUAUGCAGUUCUUCCUCUUCAACUCCUCCAUCGCUUGAAAAUGAUAUAGCUCAGAUUAUAAACCGUCCUAUCAGUGAAAAUGACAUUCUUACUGUUAGUAGACUAGGCAGGGCAGCUGUUAAAGGGAAUGUUGAACUGAAGCUAGCUGGACAACUUUACAAGGAUCUUUGCCAUGCACGUGAGAAUCUUGCCGUCAACAGCCACCUUCACCUUUUAUUCCUAGUGACCCCUUAUGAUGCAGCAGAGAACAUCAAGAUCAUACCAGAUGUUUACUACAGUGCGUAUAGUAAACUUGCUACAGAUGAGGUAAAGGUUGCCAAAGUUUUGGGCAUCACAGAAGCUGUUAUGAUCAGGAUCAGCAUGGGUCAGAAUGUAAAGAAAGUGAAGGAGUCAGUUUUGAAGCGCUUUUAUUUAGCCCUUCUGCUCUUCCAACUGUGGUCUGGCAUGAGUAUAUGGGAGGCCAGUGAAAUGUUCCGAAUACACAGGGGCUUCACACAGCAAGCACUGUCCUCUGCAUCAGCAUUUGCAUCCUGUGUCUUCCACUUUUGCCAGGAAUUGGAAGAGUUGUGGGCAUUCAGAGACCUUUUAGCCAACUUUACUCGUCAGUUGUCAGGAUGCUGCACAGCUGAAUUGCUUCCUCUGUUAGACCUGCCUUCUGUGAAAAAGGGCAGAGCACGUCUGCUUUACAAUGCUGGCUAUCAUACAUUGAAAGACAUUGCAAAUGCUAAUGCAAAAGAUUUGACUCAAUGUGUUGACCACCUGCCAUUCCGCACUGCUGCACAGAUUGUUAGCUCAGCAAAGAUGUUACUGCUAGAGCAGGCAGAAGCACUGCAAGGUGAAGCAGAAGAGGUCCUUUCAGGUCUUCGUGAACCUGCAUCAGAGACGGAUUUGCCGGCAAAAGUAAAGCCAAAUCAGUGAGCAGAGUGGUUUUGUCAAAAUUGCAAAAUAGUUUGAUUUAUCUGUGGGUAUACAUAUUGGUAUACAAGAUUGAUAUGAGGAAGAGUUCUUUAUUAUCCACAGUUUCAAGUGAGGUUUGGAAAUAAGCAGGUGGAAACUGAUGUAGUGGAAACCACAAUAGAAAACAGAAAAGUAAUAUUCUGUUAAAUUCCUUGUUUGUCCAGCACUAUUGUUCAUGCUGUAGAAGGCUGUAGAAGGUUUGGAUACAAUUGAUGAUUAUUUUUAUAACUAAUGGUUACAUAGAGUAAUAUAAACAAAGUGUGUUGGUUGCAAUGGCACUUCAAAAACCCAAGUGAGAUAAAGCACUUUUGAUAUCAGUAAGUUGUAAUACAUUUUGAAGUUUAUCAUCUAUUGUACUUAUUUUUCAAUGUGGAAAAUGUUUUGUACCAAAGAGUCAAGAGACAUUGAACUUAAUUGAAAUAACGACAAUAAUUUCUAUGAUGUCUUCUCUCAGCAUGAGUAUACACAUCCUGAAAUACAUUAAUGAUAUUUUUGUUGGCUGUCACUUGUGAUUAUCUUCAUUGGUUUAUUUUGAAGUAUGUGAUAUUUAUCUUAAGUAAUAUCAUAUUGAUAUGAGUAUGACUAUAAGUAAUCUAAGAAGGGCUGUAAAAUACUCCUUACUUUUAAUGUAUCUCAUGUACUUGUAUUAUAAUUUAAUGUGAGUAUUCAUGAUUCUUUCAGCUUGUAAUGUGUAUAUGAUAUAUAUAUUUAUAUAUAAUGCUUUGAAGAGUGAAAAUCCAGUCUCUUAUACAGAUAUUUAUUUUCUUUAAUUGAAGGAGAUUUUUUUAACUUGUUGGUCUUUUUGGUGGUAGUGCUUUAGGCUACUUAUGCUAACUUGAACUUCUGUACUACAGGGAUGUUCUACUGUUUAAGUUGAUGCGCAUACAAAAUGUGUCUUCCUGAGUGAUUAAGAAACACAUUGUUGCAAUUAAUAUUUUCUUAAAAGUUGUUUUUAAGGUGUACCAUAUGCAUCGCAAUAUUUUAGUAUUUUGUAUCUAUAAGCCAGAAAGUGUCUAUUAAAACAGUGGUUCCGGUGAUGAUUGUAAUGCCUACCUUAUUAUCAAAAAAUGGUGGCAGUGUAUAAGCAUUGCAAGAUGAUAUAUAAAUAAUGAUUUCCUUUUCAAAAUAAUAUUUUUUAUAUAAUU